UCUGUUUGUUGGUCGGAAUGAUGAAUUUCAAAUUCUUAAGAUCAACAUGCAUAACUUGCAUCAGUUUCAAAACUGGAUUCGAUACUGUUAGCACGCUGCGUUUAAGUAUCCUCACGAGAUAAAGUUUUCAAAGUGGAAAAGUGUCUUAAAAUUCGGGGGAAAAAAACUAUGUUUAAGAAUAUUUGUAACCGAAAACCUGUUAUCAACCGGAACGUUUUUUAUUCAGUUUCUGCAUAUUACUCGCGAAAUUAUAGCAAGGCGCAAAUUCAAAGUGAAGAUCCGGAAUGGAGUACUGCAAAGCCAUUUUCUUCAGUACCUGGACCAUCGAAAAUCGAUCUUGUAUUUGCAUUCAUGCCGGGAGGCAAGUAUCAUAACAAACCGUUAAAAGAAAUUCAGUCCAUGUGCCGUAAGGAUUAUGGCGAACUUCUAAUAUUUCCCGGAAUGUUCGGAAAAAGAGAUAUUCUGAUAUCUUUCAAUCCAGAAGAUUACCAUAAAAUAUUUCGUACCGAGGGUGCAAUGCCGGUGAGAAGAGGUUUAGACACUCUGACAUAUUACCGAAAGGUCCUCAGAAAAGAAGUUUUCAAAGACAUGGGUGGAUUAGUUGCUGAGCAAGGUGAAAAAUGGGCCCAGUUUCGUACUGUGGUUAAUCCUGUCAUGAUGCAAGCGCCGAAGGUGAAACAAUACAUUCCGAAAAUUGACGGUGUGGCAAUCGACUUUAUAAAUCGUAUCAGACAAAUUCGAAAUAACGAAACAAAUGAAAUGCCAGCUAAUUUUGAAGAAGAGCUAAAUCGCUGGGCUCUAGAAUCUGUUGGUCUGGUGGCUUUGGAUGCAAGGCUUGGAUUACUCACUGAAAGCACUGUAACAGCUCAGAGGUGUAUUCAGUCCCUGAAGGUAUUCUUUAGACUCAUGUUUGAGCUCGACUUUCAACCGUCAUUGUGGAAGAUCUAUCCCACUCGAAAAUAUAAAGAAUUAAUGAAGGCGUUAGAUGUGAUGACCGAAACCACAGGUGAAUAUCUAGAGCUAGCAAAGGCAAAGUUGGAGAGAAAAAUAGAUGUUAAUGGUAAUCAAGGAGAAGCUGAUAGCGUGCUUCAGAAACUGUUGAAGGUUGACCCUCACAUAGCACAUAUAAUGGCUAUGGAUUUGAUUUUGGCAGGCGUUGAUACUACUUGCUCAAGUAUAGUUUCGUGCCUAUUCAUGCUUGGUCGCAACCCCAACAAACAAAGAAUACUUAGGGAAGAAAUCAAAACAAUCCUUCCAGACGAUAAUUCUACUUUAACUGGAGUAGCCAUGAACAGUCUACCAUACUUACGUGCUUGCAUCAAAGAGUCUUUUCGAAUAUGCCCAGUCUCGAUUGCGAAUUUCCGCACCACUGGAAAAAACAUUGUCCUAAGCGGCUAUCAAGUUCCAAAAGGAGUUGACGUUGUAAUGGCCAAUAUGGUUCUACUCACGGAUGAAAAUAUUUUCCCGCGUUCUGCUGAAUUCAUACCAGAACGAUGGCUGAGAAAGACUACCGAGGAAUACCCAUCAGCAUCGACAGCAAAACCUUUUGUCUUUCUACCUUUUGGGUUUGGACCGAGGAUGUGCAUCGGCAGAAGAUUUGCUGAAGUCGAAAUUGAAGUACUUUUAUGUCGACUUAUUCGCAAUUUCGUCGUUGAAUGGAAUUAUCCUGAUAUCCAGUUUAAGUCAAAUGUGAUAAAUGUUCCGCAGGGAGAGUUAAAAUUUAAGUUUACGGAUGUGAAUGAAAGCCAAAAAUAAAAUAUAAUAUUAUAGAAUGUAAAAUACUGACCAGAAUUAAAUUACAGCCCGCAAUGAGAGCCUUCAAAUGUCGCCGGCAUUAGGGACUUUGGGAAGCCAACU